UAAAAACCGGUUUUACAUCAGUUCCAUCAACAAUGAAAGCGGAGAUUCGAUAUUAAAAAUGCCAUCAGAAUUUAACAACUUGUUGGAUUACAUCGUAAAUUUCAAAACGCAGUUCCCUUCGUUACAUUGUACGAGAUAAGGGCCAACGGGGUGAUAAGGUAAAUGUUUUCAAAUGUGAUUCUCAAUCAUACCCAGCGAUGUUAGAAUUCCAUCAGUAUUCCGAAGUUGCUUGGACUGUAAAGACAAAAUUCAAAUCUCAAAAAAAAAAGAAAACACAUAUUACGAAAUGGCUUACCUCUCAGGAACGGCAUACAAUGAAGAAGAGAAAAUAUGGUCUGGACCUCGAUGCAAAGAAACCUAUAGCCGAGAAAUGACGGUGGGCGAGGCCAUAGUAUUACAACUGCGCAAAACUCCACAGAAAAUAAUACAAAUUUUGGAAUCAACGGGAGAAUCUCUAACGGCCCAGGACUACCUAGAUCACAGUAUGUCACUGGCGCGAAAUAUUCUUGAUAUGGGUGUACAGGCCGGUGAUAUUGUGGGUAUUUAUGCCAAACAUUCACUUCAUCUGGCCACAGUGAUUUUGGCUUCAUUUCUGUGUGGAACUCCCAUCCAUGGAGUCUACGAUAAAUUUGAAAAAGAUACCAUAACAAAGCUCUAUGAAACUACAAGACCGCGUGUGAUCUACUGCGAUGAGGAAAAUUACAAAAAUGUUCUUUUUGCCUUGGAACAGCUGCAAUUGGAUGCCAAAAUUGUUUUGAUGACCGGUAACUUGCCGGGAGUGUUAAACAUUAAAGAUUUGGUAGAGAAGCGCAACGAUGUCGGAGAUAUUUUCACAUUUCCAUGCUCGAAAUUGACAAGUGCCGAUACGGCAGCUAUACUUAGUUCAUCCGGUACAACGGGUACACCAAAGGGGGUGAUGUGUUCCCACCAGGCUAUGCUCCAUAAUUUGAUAUAUCUCACUGCCACCAUGGACUCAGUGCUAAUGUGUUUUAGUACCAUGUAUUGGGCAUCGGGAGUUAUGAAUCUACUGCAAAGUUUAUUAUCUUCAGCGUUGCGCAUUGUUCCCGAUAGACCCUACAGUGCCGAAUAUCUUCUCGAUUUAAUUAAGCGUUACAAAGUUCCACAUUUCUUUGCGACUGGCACACAGAUUAUUGACUUAGUUCUUAACCAAGACAAAAAAGUUGUACGCUCUUGCCUCGCACCGUUGAUAUGUGGCGGUGCGAAACUUCCUCAAACAAUACAGGAACAAAUCAUUGAUAUUCUCUCGGAUAAUACGAAACGUCCCGGUUUUGUCGUGACCUAUGGUUUAUCUGAGAUAAUGGGAGGGGUAAGCAUCAAUGGAGGCAAUCCAUUCAAUUUUAAGCCUGAAACGGAAGGUAAACUCUGGUGCAACAGGGAGGUGUGUUUGGUGGAUGAGGCGGCACAACGAUUGGGCCCCAAUGAAACUGGUGAACUUUUUGUUCACAGUCCAUAUAUAUGGACGGGUUAUUACAAGAAUCCCGAAGCCACAGCCCAAGCCAAGCAUGACAAAUGGAUAAGGACAGGAGAUUUGGGCUACUUUGACAGCGAGGGUUUCUUACACAUUAUUGGUCGUGCCAAGGAAAUGUUCAAAUGGCGAGGUUUCCAGAUAUGUCCUCAGCCCAUAGAAGAAGUGUUGCAGCGCAUACCAGGUGUGGCGGAGGUCUGUGUAUUUCCUCUACCUGAUCUGGUGGCUGGUAGUUUGGCAGCAUGUGCCAUUGUCAGGACCAAUGAUGAGACUGGUCGUAAUUUAACUACCCAAGUGGUUAAUGAGUGUCUUGAACAGCAACUGGAUAGCUUUUAUCACCUACGGGGCGGAGUCUACUUUGUGAAUGCCCUACCACGUACCGACACUGGCAAAGUGCAGCGUCUUAAAAUGCCACAAAUUAUUGGAGUAAUUGAGAGAUAAAACUUAAAAUUCAAUGUAUUUGUUAAAAUGUAGAUUUAUAAUUAUAUUUUUAGGAACUGGAUAAAAAUAAAAUUUGUAGCUCGUAA